AUGUCCACUGAAUCUCAAACCGACUCCGUAUUCCUACCCACUUCGAUUCUACAGUAUGUUGGAGUUGAAUCUGGUACCCCUCGGCUUGAUCCUGAACUGGUUAUAGAGAGAGCUACUACUUCUGAGAUCCGAGAAAUCCUGGUUUUGUUCUUACCUCAUUUUAUUUUUGAUGAAACUGAAAAAGACAAUCGAGAACUCCUCAUAAGUAUAUUUGAAAAAUCGGUCGCAAGACGUCUAUCUUACGUGGUCAUGCCGAGUCACAACUCUCCUCCGAACUACUUCAAAGCCCCUUUAGAGCGUCCACGAUACUCCGCUCAUGAAUUCCCUAGGAUAAUCACAUCAGAAUCUGAAAUCGACUCUGAACGCAUGAGUAUGUUCCAGGCGUACGGUCUCUCAAGACCUCACGAUGGGAACUAUCGUUUAGCCUCGGAGGGCCUCAUUGUAUUUAUCCGACGUUACAAGCACCUCAAUAAAGACGAAAUCAACGAGAUUGAGUCUUUUUGCAAACAUGCUGGUGACGCCCUCCACGAUAGCACCACGUACCUUCAAGAUACUCAUGAGUCCAUCGAGGGGAUCCGGCUUCUGUUACGUGAGGUCAAUCUAUCGUCCAAAGAGCACCGCCGAUUGGAAAACGAGCUCAAUGCUUUGAUGACGAAACUCAAGUCACGUGAGAAAACUUUCGAUCUAAAAGUUGAACAAGCUGGUUUUAUUUCUGCUUUGGUGGAGCAUCACAAGAAACUUUCUGACAAAGGUCAAUGGUACUUCCCUGCAGACACACUCAGUUCUUUAUCGCAGCACGUUGAUCAAGGUGGAGUCGACGGCAAGCCUCACGACUCCAAAAUCCAUGCGGCUCAUGGAAAGCUUCAAGUGGGCAUCGACGAUACUGCAUCUGCUAUUGCUGAUGCAUAUGAAGAUUCUCUAGUUGCACUUCAUGAGAGUGUCUCAUCCCUCGAGAAUGCUCAUAAGGCAAUCGAAGUGAUCCAUCUGCUUUUAAGUCAGGCUGAACUCAUGCCAAUCCAACGUAAACUACUUGAAAAUUCCCUCGAAAGAAAGCUCACAGCCUUGAAUUCACGUAAGGUGAUAUUCAAUCAAAUUGUUCGAGAGAAUGGGCGUAUCUCGGCAUUGGCGGAGUACCAGGAGAACCCGUUUGUUGAAAGUGCGUCGGAUAUCGCUGGAAAUUCAAAUAUAAGUCCUUUAUUGAAAGAUGUUGAAGGAGACAAACCCUCUGAGGAAGCUUAUUGA